AGCGGCCCACGCGAGAAGCGCCAAUCUCUGUCGAGGUUAGAGGUCAAAACAGAAAACAUGGCGGCUUCCAGUAAAGCGACCGUGGUGUUGAAGGCUGUGAAGAAAAUAGCGGUUCAGUUUUGUCCCUUUGAGUCUAAUGUCCGUUCCACGCGGGAGUUUCUGGCCAUGGUGGGCUCAGAGAAGGCCAGAGCUACCAACAUGAACUGUGAGGUGAUAUCAACAGUGAAACAUGACAAGUCUGAACCCGUAGUGGAUAUCACUUAUCUAGACGGAGAGAAGCUGCUGUUGAAGGGAGCAAAGUUGACCAGCAGCGAGAUGCUGAGCGCAUUUCAGUCUUUGUGCACAGCCAAGGAUCCACAGGCAAAAGUUGCAGCAAAAAAAUAAUGAUCCUCAUGUCAAAUAUAUCUGUGUUGGAUGUAUCUGUAUUUAGCUGUGUAUAUUCUUGAAUGUUUAUUAUUAAAGUAUUUCAUUUAAAUGUGGCUGUCCUGGUGUGGAUUGACCUUUGAUCCACUAAAGCUAUCCUGCAUUGUUUGCAGGCAUGAUACGGAGUCAGUUCUCCCCUUAUGCUUUCCUCUUGAGUCACACAAUCCGAAUUCCUCCACCAUUUAGGAAUCAAAUCCUACCAGAUGUCCUUUGCUGUCAACAUGAACUUAUAUGCUGUCAAGUCGAAAACGUACUGCGCUCUCUUGUUCAGACGAAAUAGUUUAGCCUCAUCAGCUAUGCUUAUUUUAUCCAUAUUAAAGACCUCAA